AUGCCUCUCUCCACUUCCACCUCCUCUUCCAGCAAACCCAAGCUACUAACACACCUAUCUAUCCUCCGGGAUAGCAGCGAGCGUUUCGCUCGCUCAGCAGCAUUCAAAGUACCUUCAGUGGAAUCCACGUCCACUGGAAUACCCCGCUGGGACACGAUCACGUUUAAACAAUUCUCCGAUGAUGUCCAGCUAUGCGCCAGAUAUUGGGCGCGCGAGUUAAAUAUCCGGGGUAACAUUCCGCGUAAAUCGGUGGUGGGACUGUGGAUUGGGGGAUACACCUAUUCUGAUGUGCUCCACAUCUACGGGAUCUCCAAAGCGGGAUAUGUUCCCCAGUUAUUCAGUCUUCGUCUUCCCGACCCGACUGUGAUUUUUGAGCUUCUUCAGAAGGCGGGAGCUAGGGCACUGGUAUGUGACCUAGGAACGUCAAGUUCCAUCGGUGACCAAGGGAUGGUGAACUCCCCUGUACCGAUAUUUACAGCUAUUUCAUUCUCUGAUAUCGAGGUGUCAUCACGGAGUUUACUUCAGGAUGUCAACGAUUCAUAUCUUGUAUCGGAAGAAGAACCUGUCGAUCCUUCGGAUUGUGCGUUCGUGUUCCAUACGAGUGGGUCCACGUCUGGAAGCCCUAAACUAGUCCCUUGCAACUAUCGCUGGCUCGAUGCCGUAGCUCGCAAAGCCAGCCAGCUCUGUGUCCCACUUAACAAGAACGGCCAGGACGUCAGUACUUGGAUCGGAAGCAUGUGUCAUAUAGGACAAACGACCAUGCUCAUCUGCCUUAUGCAAUACGGCACCUGCAUCGCCCAGCCAAGACGAUUCCCUUACCCCGCAGACGAACUAGCCGCGAUGGUCGAACACUGCAACGUCAACCGUAUAUGGCAAUUCUCCGCCUUCUUCUCCGCUCUCCUCCGCGCUGCGCGUAGCAACCCAGAUUUCCUCCGCGUGCUAGUGGGGCUCGACGAGGUCACCACCUGUGGAAUGGCGUUAUCCAAGGAAGACCAGGAUUUCGCGUAUAAAUCCGGGAUUAACCUGCAGGAGAUCUUUGGGAGUACGGAAUUGGGUGGAUCGACACUCGUUUCAUUAGGAGGGGAGGAUCCGAAUACUCGGAGACAUCUACGCCCAUUGAGUGGACUUGCGUACGAGUUCCGUCCGGUUAAUACUAGUGCUCAGGCGGAGGAUGGUGACUCUGGGCAUCAAUCUACGAAUCGGCUCCUCGAAUUUGUGGUGCUCGCGGAAUCUGGCGACUGCCCCGACGUUUCGUUGAGGAAUCCCGAGGAUGGGGAUUUCCAUACCGGGGACUUGUUCAUCGAAGUCGGAUCUGGGAAGUAUAUCUUCGCUGGGAGGGACGAUGAUUGGAUUAAAACUGAGAGCAGUCUCAGAUGCGAUACCAAGUCCAUCGAGGACAACGCCCGCGCAAUGUGCGGUUCCCUAAUCUCAGAAUGUAUCGUCGUCGGAACCGGACGUCCCUCCCCAGUGCUCUUUGUCGAAAGCACCGCAGGGGUCGACGAGACCAAGCUCAAAAAGGACAUCUGGAGAAAGAUCCGUCAAUUCCACCGCCGAAGAUACAUCCACGAGAGUAUCACAUCCGCGGAUAUGAUCAUCGUCGUCCCUCCUGGUUCGUUACCCCGAACAGCGUCAAAGGGGAAUAUCCGCAGAAAGGCUGUAGAGGAGGAGUACAAGACACAGCUUGAUAAGCUGUUUGGUGUUACGGACUGUUAA